CAGCGCGAGCUGCGCGAGCGUUUUCUGUCAUGGCGGCCGCUGAAUGAAAAUUGCGGAAUUGCUAUUGAAUUCAUUGCUCGUUGUGAUUAAUUUAAUUAAAAAAGUGUCGUUCAAUCAAGCUAGUGCAAGUAACCUAUAAUUAAUCACGUCAUGGUUUGGGUAACUAAGCGUCACCGUGUAGAAUUUUAGUAAUUUUAAGUGUAUUUUCAUUGUGGACUAUGUGCAUUAGGUUGUAACCAUGACGCAGUUUUUACCUCCUAAUUUGCUUGCCCUGUUUGCGGCGAGGGACCCUAUCCCUUACUUGCCGCCUGCAGCGAAGCUCCCGCAUGAGAAAAAACAAAAAGGCUACGAUGGCGUCGGCGCUUUUCUCAACGUUUUUGAGCACCCAUCAGAAACGCCUCCGCCCACCCGCGUGGAAACCAGAGAGGAGCGCGCGGAGCGACGUCGCCGCGAGCGAGCGGAACAGACAGCUUAUAAGCUGGAGCAAGAGAUAGCACUGUGGGAUCCGGCGGCGAAUGCGAGGGCCACAGCUGACCCUUUCAAGACACUGUUCGUGGCCAGAAUUAAUUAUGACACGUCAGAAUCCAAACUGAGAAGAGAGUUCGAGGGCUAUGGAGCUAUUAAAAAGAUAUACAUGGUGUACAACAAGGAAGACGGAAAGCCCCGCGGCUACGCGUUCAUUGAAUAUGAACAUGAGCGUGACAUGCACUCGGCGUACAAACACGCGGACGGCAAGAAGAUCGACGGGAAACGGGUGCUGGUCGACGUGGAGCGAGCACGGACCGUCAAGGGCUGGCUGCCGAGGAGGCUCGGCGGCGGACUGGGUGGCACCCGGCGAGGAGGCGCCGACGUCAAUAUUAAGCACUCGGGCCGCGAGGAUAACGAGCGUGAAAGAGAACGCUAUAGCCGGGAGCAGAGAGAGAGAGACGAGCCGCGUGGCGGGCGUCGCCGCAGCCGCUCACGUUCGCCGCGCCGGCGCAGUACGUCUCGCUCUCGCCGCCGUGAGAAGGAAAGGGACAGGACGAGGGACGAAGAGCCCGCUGAGAGCCGCCGCCGGCGCCGCUCCCGCUCCCGCUCCCGCCGGCGCGACAAGGACAAGGAGAAGCACCGCGACCGCGACGCGCGCUCCGACCGCGACCGCGACCGCAAGCGGGCGCGGAGGGACAAGGAUAAGGACCGCGACCGCAAGGAGCCCAAGCUGCGGGUUGAUGAAAUCAAGGUUAAACAGGAACCAAAUACUGACUAUCCUGAGUUCACGUUGCCCGCCAUGGACGUUCAGAUCAAGCAGGAGCCAGCAGACGACGACGAAAACAAAUACAACCCGGAGGAGGCCAACGGGGAUGACUACAACUAUUAAAGUAUACGGCCAUUUACAUACUUUUUGCUAUUUUUUUCUCUCAGAACUCACUUUAACACUUUCAUUGCCAGGCCAAAACUCAAGUCCACCGCUGAAUGCCGGCGUAAAUACAAACAUCUAUAUAAGACUCCCCCGUGGAGUCCAAACGCGCACGCGGCGAAUAAACAACGCUGCACGCCAACAACUCCGCUGGGGAGUUCAUUUAUUUCUAUGCCGUAUGCCGACGACUCCUCUAGGGAGUCCAGGGCUGUCACAAAGGACAAAAUUGCCAACGCCAUGCAUUUUUAGUUGCAUAGUGAACAUAAAUACAUACUAUAUUAGGGAGGUAUGACGGAUACCUACCUACUCUAAACUUUAUUUACUAGGCUCGCUAUUGGUAUAUUAGCUAUUAGCAUUUUUGUAAUCCUAAAAAACGAGGUUGUCACUAUAACCCUGAAAAAUCGUAAGUUUCAUAAGAACUCGCUAGAGGAGUCGGAUGGCAUGGCCUUUAGUCAUCUAUAAUUGUAUAGUACGAACUCCCCUCGGGGGUCGCGUGGCAUGUGAACAAACUUUUCGAGAACUCCCUAGUGGAGUUCUUGGCAGUGAAAGUGUUAAGUGUCUUAGAAUCGUUUGCACUUUCUGUCUUGAGAACACUCUAGGUAACAAUUGUUAAACUUUAUGGGAACGAAAAACCUAUAAACGUAGUUAUCUAUUUCUCUCUGGAUAUAGAAUAGUACAUUGUGCAACGAGGGGGGUGAGUGAAAUUUUGGAAGCGAGGGUGGUAAUUCCGGACAGCCGCCGGCUGGAGGGAAUUGAAGACCCGAGGUUGCAAUAUUCUUACCCCCGGAGUUACACACAAUGUUUUUCAUCACACUUGCGAAGAAAAAUCUAUAUUUUAAGCGAAAUAAUUCUUAAAUACGGUGACGUUUCAAACAUUCGUCCGCUAUAAACAAUAUGUUAAAGGCAGUGUUUUUAAAGUAAGACUCAUUUACGCUACUUCGUUUGUAUGAAUUAGUGACAUAAUUGAAAAAGUUAUAACUCCCUAGGGAGAUGUACCUUUUUUUUUUCACAAUCCAUAACUCCUGCGGGAACAAUACAUGUCUUUGUCCUUCAGAAUACCUGCAUGAAAUAAGUUUUUCGAACAAGUGUGAUGAAAAGUAUUUUUAUGUAAUUGACCAGAAGAGUUAAGAGCGAAAAACAAUUUCCGUACAAAUUCUAUUAAGUUUGUAUUUUAAUUUUAAUCUUUAUGUUUCAAAGCUUCGAUUAGCCAUUUUGCUUGAAAAAUAAAUGCAAUACAAUUAACACUUGCAAAGCCUGGGCUAUCAAAAUCGCUGUAAACUUAGCUUGGUCUGACCCUAGAUGUGAAUAGUCACUUAAUCGAUCGUUUACGAUUAGCAAUUUGCACCUUGGUUACGCCAGUGGGGGGAAACUGCAGCGUUCGGGUAUUGUCGGCUCCGUUCGGCUCAGCAUUGCUCCGAGCAAUUAUUAGGGUUGGCAGAACUUGAUCCUUUGCGUGCACAACCACAGAUAAACCGCUCGCAGAUAAACUGUGCUGUUUAAGUGGAAUUUCCUCCCGCGGACGCUCCGGCUGUGGAAUGAGCUCCCUCCCGAGGGUAUACAGUAUGGGGUUUUUCAAAAAAGGAGUGUACAGGUUUUUAAAGGGUCGGCAUCGCGCAUGUAACACCUUUGGAGUUGCAGGCGUCCAUAGGCUACGGUGACUGCGUACCAUCAGUCGGGCCGUAUGCCUGUUUGCUACCGACGUGGUUUAUAAAAAAAGAAGAUGACUGGAAUUUUGACAACCCUAACUAAAGCGACAGCAUGAUGCGUCCCUGAAUCGCUGUCAAAUUUCGGUUUUGUAGGAAGUUUCCUUUCUAUACGGUAGUACUAUUACUUAUUCUGUGGGCCAGAAAAUGUAUGAAAUUUUAUACUAGGUAAAUUAAAUAUGAAAUCCAAACGGAAUGUUUUAACGAUUUUAAGUGUAAUCCAAAACUAAUAUUCGUAAGUUCUGAGAGAAAAAUUUAUAUAAAAAAUUGGAAAUGGCAAAAGUCCGACCAAGCUAAGUUAGCAGCGGUUUUGAUAGCCCAGACGGUGCAAGUUUAAGUAAACGUCACACUUGCACCGUCAUUGCUAUCAAAAUCGCUGCCAACUUAGCUUGGUCCAACUCUAAUAUAGUCGUAUUUUAUGUAGCGUGUAUGUUUUGAGCGUUUAACAACACUAUUGGACAUUAUUUUGAAGAUUUUUGAACAUUAUUUGAUAAAGGACUUACAUUUCUAGCAGAAAAUCGGAAACUAGCCAAAUCUAUUGUCAUUUCUACAAAAUAGUGUCUUCAAAAGUGGUUAAAAACACGCUCAUUACCCUCCUUUUUGGCUCCGCAGUCGGAUAAACUGCACCACGGUCAAACCCGACCGACGUAAUCUAAGUAAUAUUCAAAUAGAUGAAUUGUAUUUGCGACGAAUACCUUAUUGUAUUCUAAAUGGAUUAUUUUAAAUGCUGUCUGUAAAGUAUAAUGGUGAUAACUUAAGAAUUGUCUCUUGUCUAUGUGAAGGAGUUUGCAAAAAAACAUCUAACCGGCUCAUUAAAAAAACACAUAGCUUUUGAAAGAAAGGUCUGGCUUACCUAGGAACAAUGUCUAUUAACCAAAGAGAAUUUGAAAUGAAAUUUACUGUGGCUACAAAGCUUUCUUUGACAAUACACCUCUAUUGUCAAAGAAAACUUUGUAGCUACAGUAAAUUUACUGCCAUCUUUCGACACAUGAUGAGAACUUUUAGAACGCCAUUUGAUUUUGAUCAUUAUUCUUUCACUGGAUAUGUGUUUUUAAUUUGAUAAAUAUAUAAACGUGGCGCCAUCUUACCGGGUACAACCUAGGUUAUGGCGCCAACGUUCGAAACCAUACCUUUGGCCUUUGAUCUAUUAGAUGGCGCCACUUUUUCAUAUUUAACAAAUUUAACACAUAUCAGUGAAAUAAUAAGGAUCAAAGUCAAAUGGCGUUCUAAAAGUUUAAAUCAUGUUUCGAAAGAUGGCAGUAAAUUUACUGUGGCUUCAAAGUUUUCUUUGGCAAACCCCUAUUUCAAAUUACCUUACAGAAAACCGCAGCCAAAUAACACUAAACCCUACUCAUAGUGUUGUGUUCCUGCCGGUGAGUAAGGGUUGCCAGAGCUCAACCAGGGGGCGGAGUGUUAGGUUCGGCAACGCGCAUCUAACUACUCUGGAAUUGUAGGUAUCAUCAAGCAGGCCGUAUGCUUGUUUUCCACCGACGUAAAAAAAAAAAUUAAGGGCCAAAUAGUACAUUGUGUAACAACACUUCAUGAACGAGUGUGAAUUGAAGCCCGAAGCCGUAGGUGACGGCUUAAUUAACACGAGUUAGUAAUUCCUAUACCGCCGUACAUUACAGUCCGAGGUCGAAUUUAGGAUUUACGGACCGAAUCAUUUUCGUGCAAUAACACCUUUUACGAGCAAGCGUGAUGAAAAGAUUCAUAUAUAUUGACGUAUAUCGUGAAGUGACUACCAAAACUCACUAAUUGCAAAUAGUACAUUACGAUACAAAUGCGAAAAAUAGGAAAUUCGAAACGAGUGGCGAUAAAUUAAAACACGAUCGAAGGGAGUGUUUUAAAUCGACACGAGAUGCGAAUUGCCUAUUCGCACAUGUAUCGUACAACGUUUUACAGUACAUAUGCUAUGCUAAUUUUCGCACUAGUGCGGUGAAUAAAAGUAGCUACAUAUGUACUGUAAAAAUAAUUAAACAAAUACACUGUUUCGUUACCAGAACGGUUAAAUUCACUAUGAAUUUGUGGUAGUAAUUACUAAAUUCACUAUGAAUUUGUGGUAGUAAUUACUAAAUUCACUAUGAAUUUGUGGUAGUAAUUACUAAGUUUUCGUUGUUAUCUCACGAUAUAUUUACGUAUUUGGGACCAUUUCGUCUAUUUGCCUCUUUAUCGCUCGAAUACGCAAGAGUGAUAGAGAUGCAGAUAACAAAAUUUCGCGGUAGGCCCUCUACUCCUACAUAGACCACGGGCAUUUCUUAAGUUUUUGCUAUAGACGUUGAUAUACGGUGUUUAGACCUUGUGUGACGUCUGGAGUUUUUAAGUAAUAAACAAUUAAGCGCUGA